UUUACUGUUAUUUUUGAGCUUUCAUUGCCGUCGUCGGAGGCAGCAUCGCUUCAAACCACUGACGAUACUCGGAGGAGUAGGACAAACGUUUCAAUCUACAAAAGAGAAGGGAAUACGUCACCAUGUUUUCCAAAAAACUACAAAUAACUUUGCUGAUUCUUAAUGCUGUGCCAGCUCUACUGGCGGCUACAGUGACCACCAGGCGCAUCCAGCCUCGGGAGUCGAACUCCUGCGAGGGCCGCCAGACUCCAGGACCCAUCUGCGAGUCCUGUGAGCUGCUCGCCACCUGCGUGCGACACUCCAAUGGCUGGGUGAAUAUCCCCGUGGAGUCGUGUGACGUGGCCAACGGAUACUAUUGCAACGCUCGCCUAGGAAGCUGCACGAACGAAACGGGUCCAUGCCACCCGUUUGGAAUCGAGGGAAACUUCCAGUGCACAUCACAAGGCAUCUUCCCGGACCCAUACGACUGCCAGAAGUACCACAUGUGCUACUUCGUGGGCGCAACUCUGGUGGCCGCUGCCGUGGACUGUGGCAACGACAAGGCCUUUGAUGCCCGGACUGGUCAGUGCACUUUGACCUUGAAUGACCCAGUCUGCCUGCAGCGGCAAUAUAACUGCCCCAACGCCGGUUUCGUGGCCGCCUGGCCCUCUAACCCCAAUAUUUUCUACGUUUGCAAGUCGACAGUUAACCAGAACCUGAACGAUUCCCUCGUAAUAUAUCCCUCGCUGCAUCGCUGCAAUGACGGGGAGAUCUUCAUGGACUAUGUGUGCCGUGCCGGAUCGAAUGUCUUGUCCCCCAGCACAGAUCCAUCGAAUCCGUCUGAGAUAAUCGAGGACCCGAACGACGGAGGCUUUAACGUGAUGCCCACCACUUGCCAGCACGUGGGUCUCAUCGCCGACAUGGACGAUUGCCGGAAGUACUAUUACUGCUCCGCGUUGAAUGGCACUCUGCGACACAUGGAUUGUCCCGUGGGAACCUACUACCGUCCCGAGCUGUCCUCCUGCGUCCUGGGGACUUGUUGAGUUCGUGGCGUUGUCCUUAAUUGAGUGUAUUUUUAAAGAAACCUUAAGAAAAAUAAAAGCAUAAAUAUGGUAGAGAUUUUAA